GAAAAACUCGAAAACUCAGAGCCAUCAAAACGGAACCACUUAGCGAGCGAGAAAGCAAAGCCAAGACGCUUUUGACUGCUUCUUCAAAAAGCGAGGCAUCGUCAAACUCUCUGUCCCCCUGAAUCCGCCAUCCGCCCCCGGUCCGGCCGCCUAUGGAUUACCCUCCGAUCUACCGUCUUCCUCAGGACUCUCUUCACCAGAUCUUCUCCUCCCUCCCUCUCCGUCAGAUCAUCGUCUGCCGCGCCGUCUCCAAGUUCUUCAACCAGUUUCUCACCUCUCCUUCCUUCAUUCACUCUGUCUCUUCCCAGCAUCCACCUCUUUAUCUCCUCGCUCUCCGCCCACCUCACCAUCGCCAUCUUCAUCACGCCCAACGCCACCAUGUCUCCUCUCCUUCCCUUGAUGUCUUCGACCCUGACCUCAAUCAAUGGCUCAAAUUCCCUCUCGAUUUCCUUCCAUUUCGGUCGCUUCAACCCGUCGCAUCCUCCCUGGGACUUGUCUAUUUCUGGGGUGAAUCGUCCGACUCCCUUGAUUCCAACAAGUCACUGGUGGUCUGUAACCCAUUGACUCGGCAAUUUCGGGUCUUGCCACAGCUGGGAUCCGCUUGGUCGCGUCAUGGAUCAGUCCUUGUUGACUCAGCCAAUCGGGUUAUGGUUCUUACUGAACUCGCGGCUCUAUACUUCUCGGGCACAUCAAAGCACUGGCUGAAGUUCUCAUCGAAUCUGCCCUCGAAACCUAGGAGCCCAAUUUUGGUUUCUGACUCAGUUUACGCGCUCUGUGAUGUUGGGUCGCCUUGGAGAAGUCAAUGGAAGCUGUUCUCUUGCAAUCUUACCAAGCUCACUACCUCGCAGACUUGGACUCGUCUUGAAAGGCAGGAAUGGCGAGACGUGUUCGACAUUUUGAAACGGCCCCGUCUGGUACGCGGAGUUGGAAAUCGGAUUCUGAUGGUUGGUGGGUUGAAAUCUUCCUUCUCAUUGAACUCGCCUUGCUCAACAAUUUUGAUUUUGAGGUUGGAUUUGGACACAUUGGACUGGGACGAGGCUGGGCGAAUGCCAGUGGACAUGUUUAAGUGUUUUCAGGAAUCAAGCAAGUUCAAAGUGUUUGGUGGCGGAGAUAGGGUUUGUUUUUCGGCCAAGAGGAUUGGGAAGUUGGCCUUGUGGGAUCGGUGUGGUGCUCUGGGGGAUUGGCGAUGGAUUGAUAAGAUGCCUGGAAAUGGCGACGGGCUCUAUCGGGGAUUUGUGUUUGAAGGAAGGCUAACGUCUUUGCCUUGAUGGGUCAUGCUCCUUUUUUGCUUGCCAUGUCAAAUUGGAGGAUGGGUAUGUUUCUGAGGAAUGUUUGUUGUACGAUUAGUCAAUCUUGAACUUUAUUUGUACCAAACUACCAAUGUUUAAUAUAUGCAAUUCAACUAAACUGCAGAUUUUUCUAAGGAAUCAUCAGCACAAUCAUUUGUCAUA